CAUGGCAGCAGCGAGGCUCCGCCUGGCCCGUCGUUGGCUCGAGUUCUCUGAGCUCUCGCGGAAGGAGCUUUAUUGCUUGGGGGCAUAGAGCGCUGCUUUAAUUAAAUUCUUCAAACACCAACAUUCAUGAUCUGAUCUAAUAUGUGUAAUCAUAUUUAAAUACGCGUUUGUUUUCCGUUAACUCUAAAUCUGAGUCUAGUUUCCUCGCUGGUGCGUAUAACUAACAGAGCCCGCAGCCUCCUAAAGAAGGCGGCCUCGUUUCCCCGCAAUUGCAUCUAUUUUGGGUGCUGGAUGAAUAGUCCUUUUUUGUUUAUUGGCUAGUAUAUGUAGUCGUUAUAUAAUUCCACCUUUAAAAACAUGCAGCCAGCAUGCACGGAUAUUUUGCAGUGAACCUGACAUCUUUGUAACUACGCCGUUUUCUUCCUUAUAAGUCGGGGGGCCAGCGUGCGUUUUAGGACGAGUUGGCGGUGUUGGAGAUUGGAGUCCCCCUCCCCCGGGUCGGUCCAUUCAUACAUCCGCAGAUCCCUCCUUCCGUCCGCGAUCGCACACGCGUUCCGUAUGACUCCAGCAAUCCCGCGGUAAUCGGUUACCUGAAUGAGGAAGUGCGCUCGUCCGCUCCGGGUACUGAUAUCCGUGAUAAGUGUGGAGGACGCGAUCUGCCAGUCCUGAGCCACCCCCACCCGCUUUUUUUGUUUGCACCCUGUCCGCAGUUUUAAAUCGGCCGCUCACUGAGCACUGGGGAGGCCAGGAUGAUUCCGGACAAAGCUCCCAGGGAGGACGUGUACCUGGUGCACGACUUAAAGAAAGAAUCGCACGUCCCCAGCUUCGAGAAGUACAAGGAGCUUUACCUGAAGUCGGUGGAAAACCCUACGGAAUUCUGGGGUGAUGUUGCCAAAGGCUACUUCUGGAAGUCCAAGCACACGGGCCCCUUCCUGGACUACAACUUUGACGUGACCAAGGGCAAGGUGUAUGUGAAGUUCAUGGACGGGGCCACCACCAACAUCUGCUACAACCUGCUGGACCGAAACAUCCAUGAGAAGAAGCUGGGGGACAAGGUAGCGUUUUUCUGGGAGGGCAAUGAACCAGGGGAUGAGCUGAAGAUCACCUACAGGGAGCUGCUCCAGCGUGUCUGCAAGCUCGCCAAUGUCCUGAAGUCUCUGGGUGUGAAGAAGGGUGACCGCAUCUCCAUCUACAUGCCCAUGAUCGUGGAGCUGGUGGUGGCCAUGCUGGCCUGUGCCCGCAUCGGGGCGGUCCACUCCAUCGUGUUUGCUGGCUUUUCCGCCGAGUCGCUGUCAGAGAGGAUCCUGGACUCGCAGUGCUCUCUGCUCAUCACUGCAGAUGGAUUUUACCGAGGGGACAAACUGAUCAGUUUGAAGGUGAUCGCAGACGACGCUUUGGAGAAAUGCAAAGAAAAAAACUUCUCCAUACAGAAGUGCAUCAUGUUGAAGCAUCUGUCCAAAGAGUGCUCUGCCCCCUCACCAGCCCUGGGCUCCCAGUCCCCCCCCGCGAAGCGGACCUGCCCCAACCUACAGCAGGAACGCAAAGAGACCGUAAAGAAAGCCCGCCCCCUCCCCCAGAUUCCCUGGAACCCCGAGGUGGACCUCUGCUGGCACACGCUGGUCGAGGACGCCUCAGACGAGUGCGAUCCUGAAUGGUGCGAGUCGGAAGACCCGCUUUUCAUCCUCUACACCAGUGGCUCCACUGGCAAGCCCAAGGGUGUCCUACACACCAUCAGCGGCUACAUGCUCUACACAGCGUGUACCUUCAAGUACGUGUUCGACUACCAGCCUCAGGACGUCUACUGGUGCACGGCCGACAUCGGCUGGAUCACCGGGCACUCCUACAUCACCUACGGGCCGUUGGCCAACGGGGCCACCAGUGUGUUGUUCGAGGGCCUGCCCACCUACCCAGACGUGAGCCGGAUGUGGGAAAUCGUCGAUAAGUACCGGGUGACCAAGUUCUACACGGCACCCACCGCCAUCCGCAUGCUGAUGAAGUUCGGAGACGAGCCCGUCCGCAGAUUUACCCGGAAGUCGCUGAAGGUACUGGGCACGGUCGGGGAGCCCAUCAACCCGGAGGCCUGGCUGUGGUACUACAACGUGGUCGGGGAGAAGCGCUGCCCCGUGGUGGACACCUUCUGGCAGACGGAGACGGGGGGGCAUGUUUUGACUCCGCUGCCAGCUGCCACCCCUCUGAAGCCUGGCUCAGCAACUUUUCCUUUCUUUGGCGUCGUUCCGGCCAUUUUGAAUGAGUCGGGGGAGGAGCUAGAAGGACCAAACGAGGGAUACCUGGUUUUCAAACAGCCCUGGCCUGGUGUCAUGAGGACAGUCUACGGAAACCAAGAGAGGUUUGAGACCACGUACUUCAAGAAAUUCCCAGGCUACUAUGUCACCGGAGACGGUUGCAGGCGGGAUAAGGAUGGGUACUUGUGGAUCACAGGGAGAAUCGACGACAUGCUGAACGUGUCCGGGCACCUGCUGAGCACGGCGGAGGUGGAAUCGGCGCUGGUGGAGCACGAGGCGGUGGCCGAGGCAGCUGUGGUCAGCCACCCCCAUCCCGUGAAGGGCGAGAGCCUCUACUGCUUUGUCACGCUGAAGGAUGGCUGCGAGUACGGCGCCGCCCUGGAGGCCGAGCUCAAGAAGAAGGUGCGGGAGAAGAUCGGUGCCAUCGCCACACCGGACUACAUGCAGAAUGCUCCGGCGCUCCCAAAAACAAGAUCAGGGAAGAUCAUGCGCCGGGUUCUACGCAAGAUCGCCCGUAACGAGCGGGACCUGGGGGACGUGUCCACGCUGGCUGACAGCACCGUCAUCGAGCAGCUAUUCCAGAACCGCUGCUGCACGGUCUGACCCGGGAGCAGUUGGCCGCCUGCAGGACUGAGGCUCGACUAAGUGGGGGAGCCCUUCUCAGGGUGAAGUAGCGAUGAAGAAAGGGGGGGGCAGAUAAUUAGCAUCUGCUUCCCUGUGAAGAACAGUAGGCUAGCCUUUUAUUUUUUUUAUUGGGUUAUUUUUUUUCUUUUUUAAAGACGUUUAGCUUUUUGUUUAAAACGGCCUUGUGGAUUGGCGUAUGUGUGUGCGCUUGCGUGUGUGUCAAUAUGCCUACACAUUACCCUCCUCUUCUCCUCCUGCCAAACCUAAUUUAGAAAUAAUCUCUACUGCUGUUUAAUAUGUGAGAUUGUGGGGAUUAUUGGCGCGCUGGAACAUACUUACGUCCUUGCUAUUUCGGGCGCUCGGAGUGAUUUUUCUGUGUGGUUUGGCUCAUUCGUGCAUUCUGCAUUUUUGUCGAAUCUGGUUGUAUCUCCUUGCACCUUGUGUAUCACCUUUGUUGCUGAUAAAUACGUUUCAGAAUCACUCCGUUUUCUGGUUCAGUGGAGCCCACGGAUCGACUGGUUGAAUAAAAACAGAUUCUGCUCUCUACAUCUUCCAGUCACUCGCCGUAUGACCGGCUGGAAGUGUUCCCGCCAAAACCCUUUUUAUCAGUCAUCUCAGAAGGGAGUAGAAUCGAUGAGUUACCCAAAUGAAAGUUGAUGAAUCCAGUGAGUUGCAUUUAUGGGUCUUUGCGCGUAGCGUCAUCGAUAUGUUUUGUCUCCAGGUGACUUUGUUUUUUUGUUUUAAAUAAAAUUUUUUCGUUGCUAACCUACUGGUUCAUUACAGAAACACGGUGACCCAAAGCCAUAUUAUGCAAUGACAGCACUGGACUCUGGUUGGUGCACUGUUUGACUUUGAUAUUUGUUACCACUCCCCCCCCCCCCCCCCCCACACACACACACACACCCUUUUUUAAUAUGUUACACUCCUCUGGCUUGAUGUUUUUGCAGAAAUAAGCCAGUUCAGUGUCUGUGUCUGUCUGGGUAUAUACAGGUGAUGAACCCGUGCAGAAUGUAUUUUAUCAUUUUUGUCUGCAUAUGAAUUAUUUAGGGCUUUUUAAACCAUAUUAUCUAAGGUAUUUGGCAGUUGUGCCGGUAAACCAUUUAACUUGCGUUUUCCCGUGUUGUUUGCCUGAACAUACACAAGAUGCAGAUUGGCCUUUGGGUCCCACCCCUACGAAAGCGCAAGCCAUAUAGAGUGACCUGCUGUAGGAAGAAAUCUGCAACGCUAAGAAACGUUUUGUUUCUGACAGAAUGUUAUGCAUUACUGUGUCUGUUUUCGAGGUUUGUGCUGGGGUGUUCACAGAAUAACCGCUACUGAAAAAUAAACAUUGAAUAAUUUUUUUUUAAAUUUUUAAUCGUGUUUUUUUUUCGUUUCCUAAGUGUACUUACGGCCAUUUUAAAGUCUCCAUUCUUUUGCCAUACACUCUCGCUGGUGCUCUUUAUGAUAUGGAGAGCGAGUCACGCCAGGACCCGGUGACAAUAUCACGGUACUGGGAGUUUUAGGAACCAGUAGCAAAUGCAUUUCCAUCGUAACGAGAUGUCAUCUUUUAUUAAAAUUAAUAAAAAUUGGAUUAAAAAUUGAAA